AGAGUGGUGUAGGAUCCUGUUACCAGUAAUGUCCGGUGUAAGUACGUAGCUGUUGUUAUUGUGGUUAUGAAUUUUGAAUUAAAACUAUAGUGAGCAAACAAAAAAAUCUAAAUAUCGAGCUGAAAGGAUUGUAUUUCCCGUUAUCUCUGAGGUACUAGUAAAAACUGAUAUAAAACAGCGGUUUACCUUUCGGUGGUUUCGGUAAAGUAAAUCAAGAAGCUUCAGUGAAGAUGAAGCAUUUUCUGAAGUAUUGUGGGUUCUCCAUUAUCAUCUUUCUACUUGUAUUAAUGGUAUCUUUCUGGCUUCACUGGAAUGAGUCAUUCAUUUUCAUCAUUUCAAGAUACCAGAGCUACAUAACAAAUCUGGGGCAGCAAGAGCCAAUUGGUGAUUUCAAAGAAAAUGCAUUGGAAGGCUGUCAUCCAGGCAUUGACUGGGAUAAGCUUCAGACUACAAGCCUACCCAACCUUAAAUAUACAAAGCCAAGUGCACUGCAGCUACCGAGGACCGAUGUUAACAUUUUGACUCCUUGGCUUGCUCCAAUCAUCUGGGAAGGCACCUAUAAUUAUGACAUCAUAAAUGAACAGUUUAAACAAGGCAACCAUUCAAUUGGACUCAUAGUCUUUGCUGUGAAAAAGUAUGUUCAGUUCCUUAAUGAGUUUCUGACAACUGCAGAACUUUACUUCAUGCUGGGACACAGGGUACACUAUUAUGUUUUUACUGACAGACCUGAAGCUGUUCCUAAAAUUAGCUUAAAUGAGAAUCGAUUUAUUCAUGUUUUAAAGACUGAGCCUUUCAAGCGGUGGCAGGAUAUUUCCAUGCAGAGAAUGGAAAGCAUCCGUUAUCAUAUACUAAACCAGUUUCACAAAGAAGUGGAUUAUCUAGUUUGUGCAGAUUCUGAUAUGAAAUUUAAUGAUCAUGUAGGAGUAGAAAUUCUCGGUGAAUUAGUUGCAACAAUUCACCCAGGGUUCUAUGCUUCAGAUCGUUCCAGUUUACCAUAUGAACGAAGAUCAUUUUCUGAAGCCUACGUACCAAAGGAUAUGGGUGAUUUUUAUUAUAUGGCUGCAUUUUAUGCUGGGACUGUGCAAGAAAUUUACAAGCUAACUAGUUUCUGUUAUGAAAGUAUUGAGAAAGAUAAAAAGAAUGCUGUUGAAGCAGUGUGGCAUGAAGAGAGCCAUUUCAAUAAAUUCUUGACGUACCACAAACCUACCAAAGUACUUUCCCCCGAGUAUAUCUGGGACAAUAACAUUAAAGAUGAACCGUUCUUAAAAAGGAAGCGGUUUCUUGCUGUUCCCAAGAACCAUAAAGAAAUCCGAAAUUAGCAUAAGUUCUUUUGACUAUCCAUUAAAUAACACAGUAAAAUAAUAAUAGAUAAUUGAUAGGCUCAUUGUGAGCUUGCAGAGCUUUUGUUCAUCAGUGCCUUAUUUUAAGACAAAAUACUGUAGCAGUAUAUUUUAUUUAUAAUUCCCUUUAUGGAUGAGUGCAAGUGCUGUGUACGAGCAGUGAAGCAAGUCAUACUGACACAGCAUUUUACCAAACUGUUGCAAUAAAAUAUAUUAAUGGGAAUUAAUACCUCAGGAUAUGGAAAUAAAAUAAGCUGUAUAUUUUGGAUGAUACUACAGUUUUUAAAUCUAAAUGUUGUACUGUAUUUAAUUGCUGUGGAACAGAAUAUAUUAAUAUUGAAUAAGAGCUGCAGAGUUGUUCAGUGUGUAUUGGUAAUCACUACAACCUAAUCUUGGAACCUAUACCAUCAUUACAGUGAGUAGACAAUAAAGGUAUAUUUGAGGCUGCUUUGUACCCACCUUUUUUGAAAAUGAAGCUUAUACUCUGGUUGGGUUUUCCUACAGUAUUUUGGAAAUAUUUUGACUCCUGCUGUUAUACUUUGUUGAUUCGCAAGAUAGUUGUGCUUAGACACACACAGCCAUUAAAACUGAACUGUAUUACAAGGCCCUGAAAUGUUUGAUUGAUAAAUGAAUGACUUCAUACUUAGGUUUUGCAAAAUCCCAAUAAAUGUGUUUUGCUGG